AUGUGUUUACCAUUUGACAAUAAAAAACCAAAUACUUUUUAAGGAAAAAGAUCGGUUUUCUAACUAUAAUUGAUUGCUUUUAUAUAAUUGGCUCUAUUAUUUGCAAGACAAGUAGCCUAAUUUGAAUUAGGAGAAUUGUUUGAAAUAGUCUUUAUAAUAUUAUUAUGGUCAGCCUGGUCUUCCUUAGGAUAUUGCCAAUGCCUUAUCUAUAUAGUUUUGACUUUAUAUUAUGUAUCAAAGAUAAUUAAUCAAGAUUUUAAUAAAAGGAAUUUAUUUUGCUACUCGUUUUUAGAAUGAAUUACCAUUAUUAGGGGAAAGUGGAAGAGAAAAGAUUUUAACAAUUUUACAUUUGGCAACAAUAUUUUUUUAUAUAGUUGCUCAAUAUAUUGUCUUUUUAGCUUAUAAAGAAUUUAUGGCUUUGGAUAUUGAAAAAGACUAUACAAUAGAAGAUCUUGAAAGUAUAGUUUAAAUUUAAAUUAAGGGAGACCUUUAUAAUAAAAUUAAAGAAAUUAAUAAGCUCCAGCUGUUAGUAAUUCUAUUUUUACAGGAAAAGGAAUAACUAUUGGUUGA